AUGUCCAACCUGGAAAUAUUGGAUAUAAGUUCCAGUGAAUUGCCGCUGUCUGCCUUGGAUAACAUUGAAACGUUUCAAGGACUGAGAGUUUUUAAUUUUUCCUUCAACAAACUUCGAGAUGUGACUCCAGCAAUUCAAAGAUCACGCUUACUUCGUCGCUUAUAUCUGCGAUCAAAUGAUAUAUGGUAUGUGCCUUCGGAAACUUUUAAGAAUAUCUCAAAUUUGACUGUGUUGGAUCUUGGAGGCAACAAAAUAAGUGCAUUGCCUCCUUUUGCCUUCUCUGGUGUAGAGGAAAGUCUGGAGCGAUUAUACUUGGAUGGGAACCAAUUGAAUACAUUGGACAAAUGUACCAUAUUACGUCUCACGCGCUUGCAUAGACUGAGGAUUGGCGGUAACCCAUUCCACUGUGACUGCAAGGUAGCAUGGCUUCGUUUAUAUCGUGAUAAAGGAAGAGAUAUCGACUUAGACAGGACUUUUUGUAAGAGCCCAAUAGGAUUUAAGGGGAUGGAAGUUAGUGGCUUUUUGACGGAAGGUUGUGCCCCCUCACACUUGACUUUGAACAUGAAGGACUGCUUUAAAUUCAUUUCGCCGACUAACAAUGUCGUAACUGAAACAUCUUCAAAGCAUACAGAUAGCACCACAGGUGUCGAUGAACCAGAAGAGUUGACGGCAUCUUAUGUCGUCACACAGGCGACUGGGGAUAUAGCCCAACCUUUGACAUCAUUGCAUUUUUCAAGACAGGCCCUUGCCUCGGCAUAUCUUGCGAUAGGAUUCAGCGCCACCUGUCUUGCAAUUAUUGUCGUUUACGUUAUUGUCACCGGGUGUCGAUUUUAUAGGCGAUGUCGCGGUAAACAAACCACAGCGAACUCUAAAAGUGAGAGGACCAUGUCUGGGCUACAAGAAACCAACUUCACCGAGACCGGGGAAACAGGACCAUACCAAGAACUGGAGAGCAUGAACCUUAAAUUUUUGUCUCUGUUGCUGUAUCUUACGGCCCAAAUCGCUGUAUCCACAGUACAGGCAAGGUGUCCAUUCAUUCCUGACUGUGAGGCAUGCUAUGUAAGCACAUACGGAGAUUCCAGGGAGCAGGAUUUGUGGACGUUGAUGUGCAGAUAUUCUUAUGUUUACUGUGACAUUUUAUGUACGAGAUUAAGGUCUAUGAAUAAGACAUUUGAGGUACUGGAUCUCAGUCACGGUUUUGGGGAUUUUUACUCAUGUCCAAGAACAUGCGACUUCAACAGCAGUAACACGCCUUCCGUGUAUGAAAUAGACUUGUCUUACUCGAGAUUGCGCGAUGAUUUCGGUGGAGGACCGACGUAUUUCCUUAAAAGUCUGAAAUACACACUUCGUAUACUAAAACUUCAAUAUGCUAGACUGUAUUUGUUUAGAGAUACUCUGAGAUUUUCGAACUAUCCAAAGUUAAGGGAUCUUGAUUUGAGUGGCACAUUUCCUGCACUUCGUUAUGGUUACAUAUCACUAGAUGGAGCCACUUCUCUAGAGACGCUGUACUUGGACAACAAUCGCCUGAGUGAGGUUCCUUAUGAGAUACGUAAUAUGACAUCACUGAAACACCUGUCUCUGCAACACAAUUUUUUAAAUAAAACGGCUUUGGAUAAGCACGACAUUUUCCCCCUGGCAUUAAUGUCACUGGAUUUAAGCCACAACAAAUUUCGAGGAAGCGCAGACUUCAGCUGGAUGAAUUUGUUAAAUUUGCGAACCUUAAGAAUGCAGAACACGUCAAUUGGUUAUUAUAGCAAUUACUUACCUAAAAGACUCGAGAACAUGUCUAACCUGGAAAUACUGGAUAUAAGUUCCAGUGAAUUGCCGCAGAAUGCCUUGGAUCACAUCGAAAUGUUUCAAGAGUUGAGGGUUUUUAAUUUUUCCUUCAACAAACUUCGAGAUGUGACUCCAGCAAUUAAAAAAUCAAGCUUACUUCGUUGGUUAUACCUGCGUUCAAAUGAUAUAUGGUAUGUGGCUCCUGAAACUUUUAAGAAUAUAUCAAAUUUAACCGUGUUGGAUCUUGGAGGGAACAAAAUUAGUUCCUUGUCACCCAUUGCCUUCACUGGCGUAGAGGAAAGUCUAGAGCGGUUGUACUUGGACGGAAACCAAUUGAAGACACUGGACAAAUGUACCAUAUUACGUCUCACACGCUUGCGUAGACUGAGAAUUGGUGGUAACCCGUUCCAUUGUGAUUGCAAGAUAGCUUGGCUUCGUUCAUGGCUUGAUAAAGUAGAAGACAAUGAUGUGGACAAGGCUUUCUGUAACAGCCCAAAAGAAUUUAAGGGGAUGGAUGUCAGUGUUUUCUCGACAGAAAGUUGCGCCCCCUCACAGUUGACUUUUGAGGACUGUUUUGAGCCCAUUUCGCCAACAAGUAAUGCACAGGUGACUGAUGAUGAACCUAUGACGUCAUUUACAAGACAGGCCCUUGUCGCAGCACAUCUUGCAGUGGGAUUCAGCGCCACCUGUCUUGUGUUCAUUGUCGUUUACAUUACUGUCACUGGGUAUAGAUUUUAUAAGCGAUUCCGUGGUAUACAAACCACAACGAACACUUAUAGUGAGAGGACCAUGUCUGGGGUACAAAACACCAACUUCACCGAGGUCGGGGAAACAGGGCCUUACCAGGGAUUGGAGACAGCCGCUCCUUACCAGAAUGUUGCUGAUGGAAACCAACCAACUGGAAGUUCCUACGAAGCUUUGAAUCCACAUACAGCAAUUUAA